AUGGGUGUUUUGGCUCUUUCAUUGUCAGGUUUCGGACGUGGUGCAUAUUUAUAUGAUAUUGGACGUACAAUUGAACUUUUAAUUGCUCUUCUAAUUGUUAUUUAUUAUGGAUUUGGAUUUUUCUCUGCUCAUCGAUGUUCAGUGAAAUAUUUACGAAUAUUUGUUCUUGUUGGAAUUUUUAUUAUUUGUGUAAUUGGUAUUGGAAUAUUGAUUUAUUUCAUAUUUUUCUUUAUUUCAACAACAAAUGUUGACAAUACAAAGAAAAGAUAUUCAACAUUAACUGUUGCAAUAACUCUAUUGAUCUACAUUCCAUGUUUUCUCUUAACUAUAAUUGUUGUUAUAUUCGCAUAUUUCUUGGCUCGAACAAUCGAUAUGGAUAAACAUUCGAAUAUGCAAACUAUUUAA